UAUGCGUUCAAUGAAAUACUUGCCGUCAAUGUCUACAAUACAGACACUUAAAUAUUUAAGACAAUUGUUGAACAAUUCGCUACAGAAGUUGACAUCAACUUCUUCUUCGCCAACGACUGGAUCAUCACUGGAUGUCAAUCGUAUUGUCGACAAAUAUGUCAGCAAUUAUAAGAAGUUGAUGACCACUUCAGUUGAUAAAAGACAAAAUACAAGUAGUAUUAGUAGUGGACAGUUAGCCGCCGCCACCACCAACGCUACCGACGGUAGACUAGCGGACACUGAUGUUGUCGUCAAACAAGUGAUUGAUAAGACAACAACAACACCUCCGAUGCCAAAGAAAGACAUUGUCGUCGGCGACGAUGAAGAGUAUCAACUGUUUGAGAGUGCACUGAAUGAAUGGAUUCAAACCAAACACCAAUUGGACGCCAAUCUGAAGACUAUGAGGCCAUCGACGGUAACAACUAUGAUGUCUUCGACGACACCGACACCUGGUCUUGACAAACGUAUCGAACAGCUGGUCAACAGUAUGACCAUCGAUGACUCGCUACCAAAAGCCAAACGUAAUCUACAAGAUCUGACCAAACUGUUGAUAACAUAUCCCACGGAAGCCAUCACUUAUGCCAAUAAACACAAUGCUAUUCACAAAGUUCUCCAAUUGAAUCACUGGACAGACAAUCAACUCAUAAGACAACAGUCCAGCCAAGUAUUAGCCCAUUUGGGUUAUGUUGAACCACCUAAAGGAACUGGUAUUCGUAUCUUAAGCAUCGAUGGCGGAGGAACCCGUGGAGUACUGGUCAUCGAAAUCCUUAGAGAAUUGGAGCGAUUAAGUGGUAAACCUAUUCACCAAAUGUUUGACCUGAUCUGCGGUGUCAGUACCGGUGGUAUUAUCGGUAUGCUUAUGGGUGCCCUACAGCUACCGGUCGACGAAUGCGAAGAAUACUAUCAUCGAUUCAGUUCACAUCUGUUCAAAAGUGACUUUUUUCGCGGUGCCGGACGACUACUUUGGUCGCACGCCUACUACGAUACCAAUGUUUGGGAAAAAAUCUUGCGAGACAUCUAUCGCGAGACAACACUGAUGGAAACCCGACAGUCCGACCAGACACCGCACGUUGUAGCUAUCAGUGCCCUAAUGAAUAAGCCGUCCAUUGAAGCCUACCUGUUUCGUAACUAUGAACUACCAGUCCAUACACGUUCAAUGAGUCAAUAUGAAGGUAGUUCCCGGUAUAAGAUAUGGCAAGCGGUGAGGGCAUCGGCAGCAGCACCGGGAUAUUUUGAAGAGAUGAAAUUGGAUCAGUACGUUCAUCAAGACGGCGGUAUACUAAUCAAUAAUCCGACGGCAGUGGCCAUACACGAAGCGAAGCUGUUGUGGCCUAAUGAAGACAUCCAAUUUGUAUUAUCACUUGGAUCGGGUCGAUCCAUACCAUCAUCCUAUGUCGACAACAAUACUAUUGUUGCAAAUACUAGUCUGAAACAGAAAUUGGCAAAACUAAUAGACAGCGCUACCGAUACGGAAAUGGUUCAUCGAUUGAUGCGCGACUUAUUACCCGCGGAUACCUACUUACGUAUCAAUCCGUUUCUAUCGGAAGUCGGAUCCUUAGAUGAAAAUCGACCGCAAAAGUUGUCGCAAAUGAAAUCCGACGCUAAACUGUAUUUACGUAAAAAUGAACCCCGAGUUACACAAGCCGUCAGCGAACUAAUGAAUCGCAGAAAACUUAGACAACGUCUCGAAGAUUGGCUAAGACUUCAGUAUAAUUUGAGAAUUAAAUAAUAAUAAUAAUAAUUAUU